AAGUCCAGCUCGGCGGCUGUUCUCGGCUUUCCUUCGAAGGUUCCCCUUUCUAAUCUUUCUCAUUUGUCCUUCCGAAAUUGACAAGAAUUCUGAUCUCUCCAAAUCUCUGAUCUGAAAUUCCUUCUUCGCGGAAGAUUCGUCGAUCCCGGUUCCUUCAAGUUAGCCUGGAAUUCUACUUGAUCCAGCGCUGUUGUCGCUGCAGUAUUCGGCUUUGGCUCUUCGAGUUCUGAUGCGAGAAGAGCUAGGGUUUUGAGAUCGAGUCGUGGUUUUGGGAUUAAUUGUUGGUGAGACGAUGGCGGAUGCUCGGCGGUAUGGAUUGACCCCUCAGUUAGAUAUUGAGCAGAUACUUUUGGAAGCACAACAUCGAUGGUUACGCCCUGCAGAAAUUUGUGAAAUUCUUCGAAACUAUAAGAAAUUUCGCAUUGCCCCAGAAUCGCCAAAUAAACCUUCUAGUGGUUCACUUUUUCUUUUUGAUCGGAAAGUAUUGAGAUACUUCCGGAAGGAUGGCCAUAACUGGAGAAAGAAAAAAGAUGGAAAAACUGUGAAAGAAGCUCAUGAAAGACUAAAGGCUGGAAGUAUUGAUGUUCUACAUUGCUACUAUGCUCAUGGGGAAGAAAACGAAAAUUUUCAAAGACGGAGUUAUUGGAUGUUGGAAGAGGAUUACAUGCAUAUUGUUCUCGUACACUAUCUUGAAGUCAAGGGUAACAAACCAAGUUUCAGUCGUGCUAGAGAUGUCGACGAAAUUGCUCAAGUUGCCAAUAUGGAUAGUCCUAUCUGUUCUAAUUCAUUCACAAAUCAUAGCCAGCUGCCUUCACAAACUACAAGUGCUGAAAGCCCAAAUAGUACACACACUUCAGAAUAUGAAGAUGCUGAAUCUGAUAAUUAUCAAGCAAGUUCCAGAUACAACUCUUUCCUUGAGAUGCAGCAGCAUGGGGAUGGACCUGUGAUGGAUGUUCGUCUGUUGAACCCUCAUGUUCCAAUUGAUUCCGUAAAUAACCAAUGUGAUAUUCAGGGAACAAAGGCUACAGAACCUAAAUCAGACUUUUAUUCAGUUCUUCAAGAGAAUAUAACUAGAGUUUUUGAUGAAACAGGCCUUGGAUUAACCUUUAGUGGGCCCAGAACACAAUUUGACCUGACAUCAUGGGAUGAAGUCCUGGAACAUUGUACAACAGGGUUCCAAGCACCAUCUUUCUACCCAGCAGUUGCUUCUACACAGUCUGCCACAGUGGAGGACAAUCUUAGACUUGAGACUUCAACACUUGGGGAACUACACACGGAUGACCUUGGGUUCAAGCAAGUGGAUGUUACCAGUGCUCAAGACAAAUCACUGUGGCAGCUUUCUAAUGCUGACAUUGGUCCACUUGUUACACCAAAUGUGGAUCUGCAACAUGGUACGUCUAUAGAGGAAAAUGUCAAUGCCCCUUCCCUUAUAACACAGGCAUCAUUAGAUUUCUCUAAUAUAGAAGGAGAAGGCCUAAAGAAAUAUGACAGUUUCUCAAGAUGGAUGAGCAAUGAACUUGGAGAAGUAGAUGACUCGCAUAUGAAACCCAGUUCUGGGCUUUACUGGAACACUGUUGAAAGUGAAAGUGUUGUUGAAGAUUCUAGCAUGUCUAAUCGUGAGCACUUUGAUGCAUAUAUAAUGAACCCCUCACUUUCCCAAGACCAACUUUUCAGUAUAAUUGAUUUCACUCCUAAUUGGGCAUAUGCUGGCAUGGAGACUAAGGUUUUAAUCACUGGAACAUUCUUGAAGAAUAAGGAAGAUGUAGAAAAAUGUCAAUGGUCAUGCAUGUUUGGGGAAAUUGAAGUUCCAGCUGAGAUUUUAACAGAUGGAACUCUUCGUUGCCAUGCUCCAUUGCAUAAAUCUGGAAGGGUUCCUUUUUAUGUCACCUGCUCCAACAGAUUGGCUUGUAGUGAAGUGCGGGAAUUUGAGUUCCGGGAAAAUGAUGCUCAGUAUAUGGAAGCUUCAGAUUCUUAUGGUUACAAUACAAAUGAAAUGUGUCUUCAUAUACGUUUGGAAAAGCUGCUUACUUUGGGACUAGUUGACCACCAAAAAGCUGUACCUGAUAGCGCCAAGGAGAAUCUUCAUUUAAGGAAUAAAAUUAGUUCACUGAUGAUGGAAGCUAACGACGAGUGGUCCAAUCUGGUCAAGCUAACUCAUGAGGGGUUUUCUCCUGACAAUGCAAAGGACCAGUUGCUUGAAAAAUUAAUGAAAGAGAAACUGCAUUCCUGGCUUCUUCACAAAGUAUCGGAAGGGGGUAAAGGCCCCAAUGUUUUGGAUAAGGAGGGACAGGGUGUGCUUCAUUUGGCAGCUGCCCUUGGUUAUGAUUGGGCUAUAAGACCAACAAUAACUGCAGGUGUAAGUAUUAACUUCAGAGAUGUGCAUGGGUGGACUGCCCUUCACUGGGCAGCAAACUAUGGCAGGGAGCGGACAGUUGUUGCCCUCAUUGCCUUGGAUGCAGCUCCUGGAGCUUUAACAGAUCCUACUCCUGAGUACCCAACCGGGAGAACACCUGCAGAUCUAGCAUCUGCAAAUGGGCACAAGGGCAUUGCUGGCUUUCUGGCAGAGUCUUCUCUGACUAACCAUCUUUCGACUCUCACUUUAAAAGAGUCAAAAGGCAGUAAUGUAGCAGAAAUUUCUGGUAUUACAGAUGUUGAAGAUGUUGCAGAAAAGAGUGCUAUUCAGGUUGCUGAUGGAGAUGUGCAGGCUGGACUUUCACUGAAGGAUUCAUUGAGUGCUGUCCGCAAUGCUUCUCUAGCUGCAGCUCGGAUCUAUCAAGUUUUUAGAGUUCAUUCAUUCCACCGAAAGAAGGUCAUUGAGUAUGGAGAUGACAAAUGUGGAAUAUCAGAUGAGCGUGCUCUUUCUCUCAUAUCUCUGAAAACAGCCAAACCAGGACAGCAUGAUAUGCCUCUGCAUGCUGCUGCAAUUCGUAUACAAAACAAGUUUAGAGGGUGGAAAGGAAGAAAGGAGUUUUUGAUUAUUCGGCAGCGUAUUGUUAAGAUCCAGGCCCAUGUACGAGGAUACCAAGUGAGGAAACAGUACAAAAAGAUCGUCUGGUCUGUUUUGAUUGUGGAGAAAGCUAUAUUGCGGUGGAGGCGGAAAGGAAGCGGAUUGCGUGGUUUCCGGCCUGAAGGACAACUGGAGGGUCCUACCAUGCAAAACCAAGGAGCUAAAGAGGAUGAUUAUGACUUCUUGCAAGAAGGCAGAAAACAGACUGAGGCCAGGCUGCAGAAAGCACUUGCAAGGGUUAAGUCCAUGGUUCAAUAUCCUGAAGCAAGAGAUCAAUACCGGAGGCUUCUAAAUGUUGUCACUGAGCUCCAGGAGUCCAAGGCCAUGCAAGAUAGAAUUUUGAAGGAGUCAGAGGAGGCCGCUGCUGAUGAUUUCAUGAUUGAACUGGAAGAGCUCUGGCAGGAUGACACGCUCAUGCCCACGGCUUAGUGUGGCUGAGAUUUCUUUGGCUUCAUAUGCCGAAGGCUUGCAUCUGUAUACCUUCCAACUGCUGCUGUAAAUAAUCUGCUUCGUGGGUUUGCAACGGACGAUCGACAUAAUAUGCUGUAUAUACAUGCGCUAGUUGUAUGCAACUUAGGGAUGAAGUUAUUUAUAGAUAUGGAUGCUUUGGAUUAAUUUUUCU